AUGGGAAAACUCAUCCCCAAUGCAUUUAACCUGGCGGUUGUGAUCUAUGUCGCCUUGGGUUCGACAGCAUGCUCCUAUGGCAUGGCCAUCAUAGGUUCUACGAUCGGCCAACCAAGUUUCUACAAAUCUCUCGAUCUCGCCCCUCAAGGAGAACCAGGAUACAGCCGUACUGCUCAAUAUAUUGGUGCAUUCAAUGGUGUGAACUCCGCUGGUUCAGCUAUUGGAGCUGCCGGUUGCUCUUACUUUGCAGAUAGACUAGGUCGAAAGAGAACGAUCCAACUUGCGGCGAUAGUUCUUGUUAUCGGAGCUGCGAUCUGCGCUGGUUCCGUCGAUAAUGCUAUGUUUUUGGUGGGCCGUUUGAUCAACGGGUUUGGCAUUGGAUCUCUCGUCACUGCAAUUCCCAUGUAUCAAGCAGAGGUCUCGACGCCCGAAAGUCGCGGCUUCAUGGUGUCUAUGCACGGGGUCAUGUUCGCCAUGGGUUAUUCCCUAUCCGCCUGGAUUGGGUUCGGAGUAUCCUUCAUCUCUUCCAGCGGGUCACCAUCUUCUUUUCCUUGGAGGUUUCCCAUUGCAUUCCAAAUGGUCCCGGCCCUACUCCUUCUCCUCGGCUCACCUUGGCUUCCAUACAGUCCCCGUUGGCUUAUGAUGCAUAACCGCUUCGACGAGGCCCACGAAGUGAUCAAACGAUUGCACAGAACCAAGGACGACGCCCAUGACACCCUUGCUCGAAAGGAAUUUUAUCAGAUGAGGAAGCAAGUCGAGUUGGAUCGCCAAAUCAAAGCCGCAACCUCAAGAUGGGAGCUUUUCAAGACGCCUGCGAACCGAAGACGUGCUCUGGUCGGCUUCUUGCUCAUGUGGAACAAUCAAUUCACGGGCGUGCUCAUCAUCGCGAAUUAUGGUAUCAUUCUAUAUGUCAGUCUUGGGAUGGCCGGCUACUGGCCUCUGCUUCUCACAUCUCUAUGGGUGACGUCGACUUUCCCUGGAAAUAUCUUCUGUGCCUUCUUCAUCGAACGCUUCGGCCGCCGCAGAUUCAUGCUCAUCGGGCUGACAGGUAUCCUUGUCUGCCUCAUUUGCGAGACUGCUCUGCAGGCAGAGUUCCUCGGGACAACCAAUCGGGCUGGACAAAACGCAGCAAUCUUCUUCUUGUUCUGCUUUAUCACACCAUUCUGGAGUACUUUCAUGGAUGCCAGCCAAUUCCUGUACCUAUCUGAAAUCUUCCCAACCCACAUUCGUAGCCAAGGCAUGGCAUUCGGCAUGUGCGGUCUGUAUCUCGCAGACAUCAUCAUUCUCGUCGCUGGACCAAUCGCCCUUGACAAGAUUAGCUGGCGCUUCUUCUUCGUCCUGAUCAUUCCUACCGCGCUCCACAUCAUCUUCGUUUACUUCCUGUGCCCUGAGACCAAGGGUCGAAGCUUGGAGGACAUCAAUGCACAAUUCGGCGAGCAGGUGGCCAUUCAUUUCUACGGAGCUACCGAUGCGGAGAAGGCUGAGCUCGAGAAGGCUGCACAACAAGAUGAGGAGGAUGAAAUUCGCCGACGUCCUUCCAUUGGCGAGAAGGCGGGGCGCGUGGAACAAGCGGAGAUUGUGGCAUCGAAGGCGUGA